UAAUCAACAAUUGCAGAGAUUCAAGUUAAUCAAAAGGCAAGCUGUAUACAUCUGCUGGUGUUGAUGUGAUAACGUGCCCCUUCUCUCCUUAAGUUGGUUGAUUCGAUCCUCUGGCAAGAUGAACAAUUGACUAGGUUUGGGUUUGUGCUGUAAAUCAUGUAAAUCGAAGGAUCAACCUUUUCCAACCAUGGUGGAUUUAGCAGCUGGCGGCCAGGAGGUGAAGAAAACAUUUAUUGUUCCAGCCAUUAAACCGUUUGAUCAUUAUGACUUCAACAGGGCCAAGGUGGCUAGUAAUCUGGCCUGGUUGGUUGCCAAGGCUUUUGGGGCAGAGAAUGUUCCAGUGGAGCUUCAAGAGCCCUUCUAUACAGAUCAGUAUGACCAGGAACACAUGAAGCCUCCAGUGCUUAACCUACUGCUAUCUGCCGACUUGUACUGCCGGGCUGGAAGUCUUAUCUUGAAAAGUGAUACUGCCAAACCUCUUCUGGGACAUGAUGCUGUCAUUCAAGCCCUGGCUCAGCGUGGGUUGUAUGUCACGGAUGGGGAGAAGCUGGUUACUGAACGGGACCUACGGAAGAAGCCCAUCCAGAUGAGUGCUCAUCUUGCUAUGAUUGAUACCCUGAUGAUGGCAUACACCGUAGAGAUGGUCAGCAUUGAGAAAGUCAUUGGCUGUGUCCACAAGUACUCCCCAUUCUUUCAGGCAGCCGAUAUGCCCUAUGAUAUCGAAGAUGCUGUCAUGUACUGGAUCAACAAGAUGAAUGGACAUUUGAAAGGUAUUCUUGAGCAAGAACAACGAUUGAAGGAGCAGCAGAACAUGGAUCCAAACAAAACUCCCAAGUCUUCUUCCAAAUGGUUUUGGAAACUGGUCCCUGCUCGUUAUAGAAAAGAACCAAAUGUAUUUCGACAGCUCCCCUGCAUUCCCCUUAUGGAGAACAUAUUGAAGGAUGGUACUGAUGGCUGUGCAAUAUCUGCCCUCAUCCACUUUUACUGCCCUGAUGUCAUCAGGCUGGAAGAUAUUUGUUUCAAGGAGUCCAUGUCCCUUGCAGACAGUCUUUAUAACCUUCAGUUGAUCCAGGAUUUUUGCCAGGAGUAUCUCAAUGGUUGCUGCCAUUUUACGCUGGAAGACAUGCUGUAUGCCUCAUCUUCAAUCAAGGCCAAUUACUUGGUGUUUAUGGCAGAACUCUUCUGGUGGUUUGAAGUGGUAAAACCAUCUUUUGUGCAACCACGAGUAGUUAAUACAGAAGACCCACUGCAGUCUCCUAAGCAUUUCUCUAUCAGAAGAAACACUGUAUCCCGCUCCACUAGUUUCAGGAAUCCACAGCAACAAACGUCUCGGAAUCCAGCAGCAAUUCGAAGGUCGUCCUCCAUGUCAUAUGUAGAUGGGCAAGUUGGAACAUGGCCAAAAGAGAAAAGAUCAUCCGUGCAUGGUGUCUCAUUUGACAUCUCUUUUGAUAAGGAAGAUGAAAUCCGUGUGACAACUCCAAGCAGACCUAUCCAGAGAUCCAUCAGCAAUGAAGGCUUCUCUCUCAAUGUGGCUCGUGUACCCAAACAUAUUCGCAAAAAUCUAUCAUUCCAACCUAUUAAUGGACAAGGACCAUCUGAAAGUAUUCAUGAGGAGUUUAAUCAGCUUUCUCUAAACCAUGAUAGAGUUUCACCUAACGAUGAACAAUGGGACUCCGAUGAAGGAGAUCAAUACAAACGAUCCAAUGGCCCACAUCAAAAUAGGCUCAGUUUUGAUGAACUUGAUUGUCAGAUAGAAGCUCCUAGUAUUGAAGAAGCCCUACAGAUAAUCCAUAACCCUGAGAAAACACCCAUUAUUGGGGACCAAGUGAAUAAUGGUUUCUUCUUGCAUAGUAAUGAUACAAAUUCAGCUAUUCUUACAGAACCUAACUUAGACCUCCUUGAUGGAUGGAAAGGUGCCCAGAGUCCAGUCAGCGACACCACAGAGGUUGACACUGGAAUUCACGUGCCAUCAGAAGAUAUCCCUGAAACCAUGGAUGAUAAUUCAUCUUUGAAAGACUACACCGUAAGCUUAGAUUCUGAUUUAGAUGAUCCACUGAAGCUCCACCAAGAUUAUGGAGUUGCUAAUCUGAGAGAUCCAGUAAGCCCCUGUCCAAGUUCAGUAAGUGGCAAGUCACAGGCAGGAAGUACAGCCUCUUCUAGUUCUGGCGUAAAGAUGACCAGUUUUGCAGAGCAAAAGUUUAGGAAACUGAACCAUGGAGACAGUAGGAGCAGUGGAAGCAGCUCGCAAAAGACUACUCCAGAAGGAUCAGAGUUAAAUAUCCCUCAUAUAUUAGCAAUUGGACAAAUACAGGAAGAGAGUGGCGUUCCACAAAGCAAGGAUACAACACAGCUGUUGGCAUCUGAAGUAGUGCAGCUGAGGAUGAAACUGGAGGCUAAAAGAAGAGCUAUUGAGGCUCAGAAGAAGAAAGUAGAAGCAGCGUUUACACGGCAGCGUCAGAGAAUGGGCAGAACUGCAUUUCUUACUGUAGUGAAAAAGAAAGGAGAUGUGAUUUCUCCCCUGAGAGAUGAAGCAGCAGGUGUAGAAAGCGAAAGAGUGGGGCAAGAAACUGAUGGAGUGAUAGAUUCAAGAGCCAGCAACCACUCUGAGAUGAAUCCAAAUAUAAACCUAAGCCUGGAUCAAGCUCCCUUGAAAUUGCAGAAAUUGCCACAAAUAUCUAUAGAUGGGGAGAAGUUCUUGAAUCCUCAAAGUCCCAUUGAAGAAAAUGUAAGUGAGAUAGAUGUUGGGGAAUACACAAAAUCCAUAGAAAAGCUAAAUUUGUCUCUUAGUGCUCUCCAAACAGAAAUGCAACGUUUGGCCAUGCAACAGGACCUGCUGAUGCAGAUGAGAGAAAAGCAAUCAUGGGUCAUUUCUCCUCCUCAACCUUCUCCGCAGAAACAACUCCAACGAGAUUCUAAACCUUUGUCAAAACCCUUAACAGGGUCUCUAAUUCCUUGCUUAACAUUGGAAUCCCCUAGACUUGUUCACAUAUCACCACAAACUUCCAUCAAGAAGACAGUGUCUUUUAACUCUAAGCUCCAAAGGAUCCCUCGUCCAAACGAACUUAAAAUACCACCUUUACACCGCACAUUGACUCCUCCUCAGUCGGUAGACAGUCUUCCUCGUCUGCGUAGGUUCUCACCUAGCCAGAUUCAAACAAGAUCAUUUGUAUAUUUCGGAGAUGACCGCAAGCCUGCAGCAGGAGCACCACAAGUAGAUACAUCUUCUGCUGAUGAGCCUGCAAGAUAUGGAGGACCCGAGAAAAAAGUGGAAGCAAAACCCAUUGAAUCGACUGUAUCAGAAGUGCUGUCUCAGCCUAUCGUAGAAACGGUGUGUCUCACACCAAAUGAUGAGAUGUUCAUUGAACGGAGCUUAACUGCAUCCAAAAAUGGAAACCUUAUUGAAGUUCCACUCUCCAAACUGCAGCCACCAGAUUUUCCGACAGAGGGGAAUGAAGUGGAAGCUGAAAAAGAUCUAGUUAAUGAGGACCAAAAAGUUUGCUGUGGCUUCUUUUUCAAGGAUGACCGCAAAGAGGAAAAUGAUAUGGCAGCAAAGCGCGCAGCUCUGCUGGAGAAGAGACUGAGGAGAGAGCGAGAAAAUCACCAGAGGAAGCAAGAACUUGAGCUAGAGCAAGAACAACUGAAAGAAGAAGCAAGGCGGAAAUCUGAAGAGGAACGUACUAAAAAGGAGGAUGAAAAGGCCAGACGGGAAUAUAUAAAGCAAGAAUACAUGCGCAGGAAACAGUUGAAAUUAAUGGAAGACAUGGACUCUGUAAUAAAGCCCCGAACAAACUUUAAUAAAUCAAGAAAACCCCGGCCCAAAUCCAUUCAUAGGGACCACCAGCUUGAGUCUCCAAAAACACCAACCGGGCCCCCACCAGUUUCUAGUCUUUCCUUCGCAUCUUUGAACACAGCUGAAAAUGAAAGUGUGCAUUCUGGGAAAAGAACACCAAGUCCUUUUAGGUCAGAGUCAGGGGAUGGAUUAGGUACUCCUGGUUGUUCUAACAGUCGUAAUGGUGAUAAAGACUGGGAAAACGCCUCAACUACUUCUUCAGUGGCAUCAGCAACGGAAUAUACGGGACCAAAGUUAUACAAAGAGCCAAGUGCAAAAUCCAACAAAUAUAUUAUCCACAAUGCCCUCUCUCACUGCUGCUUGGCUGGAAAAGUAAAUGAAGGUCAAAAGAACAAGAUUUUAGAGGAAAUGGAAAAAUCCAAUGCCAACAACUUUCUAAUCCUCUUUCGCGAUUCUGGAUGCAUGUUCAGGUCUCUCUACACAUACUGCCCGGAAACUGAGGAGAUCAGCAAAUUGACAGGCAUCGGCCCACGCUCCAUUUCCCGCAAGAUGAUCGAGAACCUCUACAAGUACAACUCAGAUCGCAAGCAGUUCAGCCACAUCCCCGCCAAAACAUUGUCGGCUAGUGUUGAUGCUGUGACCAUUCACAGCCACCUGUGGCAGACGAAGAGACCCCAAACUCCUAAAAAACUUCUUUCCCCUAAGGCGUAGCGGCUGACAUUUUCCAUUUGAAAACUAGAUAUUUCUUCUUGCCAAUGAAACUUUAAUAGAGUGAAACUAGACGCUAACUGCUGUCUUUAAACAAAACUGGAAUGUAGGACAGUAUUAAUCGAGGGCUGAUAUUGUGGGGAUGUGGAUGAUAUGGGGAUGGCGGGGUGGGUUGGUUAUUUAUCACAAAACGUUUUUAAGUCACAUAAUUGGGUGGGGUAGCUGUAUGUUUAUUGACUUCUAGGGCACGUGCGUUUUUGAUCAGACACUGAAGUACUGACAUUUUUCCAUCUUUGGUGAGUGGAAUGACUUGACAUCUCCUGCCUUAUAUAUUAUUUUUUAUGCUGCGUCUGUGUGAGUAAGUGACGACGAUGAGUUUUGCUAGAUAUUGAUAUUUUCUUUCCUGUUUGCUUUUGUAGUAGGCAGAGAGUGUAAACUAUAACAUUAUUAACCCUUUUACUGGCAGAGUGAGGCAACUCAAUUCCCUUAAAAUAUGUCGCAGGACCUCAUAGAAGUAAAAGGGUUAAACAGUUCUGCUUACCUCAAAAACAAAAUGCAAAGCCAGUAAGCAUGUAUUUGACUGAACACGUCUCUCGCUAACUAUUUUUUUAUAGCUUAAGAAAGGUCUAUAAAGACCUUUGAUACAAGCACCCAUUAGUCUGACAUUCCCAGAAUGCAAAGCUCUCGUGUGCAAUUUCAUUCCCAGAAUGCAAUGCGCUCUUUGCCGCUUGUAUUGUUAUAAGCACUACAUUUUGGUCCAGUUUUAUUUUAACCACCUCAUGG